AUGUCUAACAAACGCAAAUCCAACACAAAAGAUGAAUCAUCUGAUUCUUCCCUCUCAGAUCUCGAGGAGCCUGUUGUAACUAAAAAACCUAACAAGUCAAGUGGCUCCACAAAGUCAUCACACGUGACUACUUCAGGUGGAGACCAGCUAAUAGACUUAACUGGGAAAAAGUUCGCGUGCGUAAGAGAGUUCAGAGGAAAAGCGUUUGUCGAUAUAAGGGAAUACUAUGAAGACAAAUCCAGUGGAGAAUUAAAACCUGGAAAGAAAGGAAUUUCCCUUAAUUUGGAACAAUGGGAAUAUUUAAAAAGUUCAAUUGGUGAAUUAGAUGAUGACAUAAGAAAUCUGCGACGAUAA